AAAUAACUAAGAUUGUCUUCCAUCACAUCACUCACAUUUCAUUGAGCUGGUGCAAACAUCGAGAUGACUGCUUUAAACACCAGUUUGUGUUGUAUGCGAACCUACUCCAUGAUGAGAAGUGUUCGCAGAAUAAGGAAACUACAAGACUUAAAGACAUCUGUCAGAUGUCUUUCUACAGAAUGGCAGCAACAAUACUUCAAGGUGGAUUCAUUACAUGCACCAGUCUUUGCAGAUAGUAAAGACUUGUAUCGCCAUGUCCAAAAAAAUGUCCUGUAUGACAAUGAAAAUUUAUUGGCACUAAAUAAACCCAGUGGAGUUCCUAUGAAGGCUGUUCAUGGUGAGAAUGUUCCCUCAAUGUUUGAUAUCUUAGAAGAUUUAAGGGAAUGUUAUGAUGCCCCAGAACUGGAAUAUAUGCUAGGAUUAUCAAGAAACCAAAGUGGCAUUAUUCUAUUGGUGAAGCAUGCCCUAGCUAAAGUAAAGUUAAGGAAGUCACUACAAGGACAAAGACCACAUGGUGACAUCAAUCAUGAAUUUAUAUGUGUUUGCUUGGGUGAACCAACAUUUAAAACAGAAGUUGAGAAAGUUCGCUACCUGCGGAAAGAAAUCAAUGGACGCCAACAGUCUGUCCUUGUGCCAUAUUACCAUAAGCACAUGAAGAAAGGACCACUCUCAAGUUUCAAUGUUCAAGCAGAGGUGUUGGCCACAAGCCCGCUGCAAACAUCUCCAAGGAUUUCUCUUGUAGGAAUUACUUGUGACAGCGGAAAAAAAGAGUGUUUGGAGAUGUACAUGGCCGAUCAUUUGAGUCCUAUCCUUGGUGAUCAUGUGUAUUCUCAUCGUGUCGUAACAGUAUCUGGAGAACCCAUAAAAAAUGACACAAAUGUAGCAAUCAGAGGCCCACAGGUUAUUCCAGCAGAGGUUAAAGAUCUACUUCAGAUAGGGAAGCAUGUUUACCAGGUUCCCUUACAUCUACAUAAGAGUGGACUGAUCUUAAACAGAUUUCCCCAUAAAAAGUCUGAGCCCUUCACUAUUGAAUCACCAUUGCCCGGAUUCUUUGUUGAUACCAUGAGGAAAUUACAACUGCUACCUAAUGAUCAAGAUAUUGAUGAAUUUGAUCAGGAAGAAUUCACAGACUAGAAAUAAAAUUCAGGGAAAUGCAAUGAUGUCUGGACAUGGAAAUUAAUAUUUCUGAAAACAGGUUAAUAAGUAAAUCAUUAGCUGUAAAUCAAAAUGUAAAAACUUCUCACAGGAGUAUAAUUUUAGUUGAUCUGAGAAAUGUGAAACCUAUCAGUAUCUCAAUGAGUAUCAUUGAUCUGAGAAUAUGGAAGUAACCUCUAUGAAUAUCAUUGAUCUGAGAAAUGUGAAAGCAAUCUCAAGAAAUAAACAUGUAUUGACCUCAUUGUUGGACACCCAUGAUUGAUUACAUUACAAUACCCUAUCAAUUAUGUGGGUAUCUGAUGAGACAUUGACCUGAGAAAUGUGAAAAUGUGAAAGCUUCCCCAAGGAAUAUGACAGGACCAUUACAAAUACAAACUAAUGUCAGAAAAUAAUAAAAAAAAACAACAAGA